AUGGAGCUGUCCGUGCCGGUCUUAUUCUUACUAUUCGCAUUGCUUCUCAUACUCGGCCGAGUGUUAUUCGUGACCCCUCUACGCUCUCCCCUUCGCACUGUUCGCGGUCCGUUCUUUGCGAGGUUCACGGAUGGGUGGUACUUUUGGCAAGUCUGGAAGGGAUCUUUCCAAGGUGUGAACCAAGAGCUACACAAGAAAUAUGGGAGCAUCGUUCGUUAUGGCCCGAACCGGUACAGUUUUGACGAUCCGGAAGCCGCCAAGAUAAUAUACGGCCUCGGUAGCCAUUUCCCAAAGUCAUCAUGGUACUCGACCUGGGCCAGUCCCGGAUCAUGGGCGAUCUUCAGCGAUCAGUCAAUCAAGCGCCAUAAUCAGAACAGAAAGCUAUACCAAGCCACCUACUCGAUGUCCUCUUUGGUCCAUUACGAGCCUUUCGUCGACAGCUGUAUCGACAUUUUCACGGAGCGGCUGUCUGAAAUGUCUGAAUCUGGGUUGCUAGUAGACAUAAGACACUGGUUUCAAUGCUACGCCUUUGACGUUAUCGGACUGAUCACGUACGCCAAACGACUAGGUUUUCUAGACCAGGGAGAUGAUAUCGGAGGCGUCAUUGGGGCGCUCGAGGAGCAUCUGGGCUACGCGACCCUUGUUGGAAUCUUUCCGAGCCUGCACCAAUAUCUGUUUUCCAUCAAGAACUAUCUAGCUGGUUCCCAGGGAUCAGGGAGGGCGUACGUCCUGAAGUUCACUAAUGAGAGAAUCAGGGAAGCACAAGUGAUACCAAAACCCGUCGCAACCGAUGAGAGUUCCGUCGCAAUGGAGGACUUCCUCACCAAGUUUCUGGCCAAGCAUGCCGCGAACGCCGAUUUGUUCACAAACUACCACGUGCUUGCCGGGUGCACCUCUAAUAUGGUUGCGGGUUCUGACACAACGGCCAUCAGCUUGUCAGCAGUUCUUUAUUAUCUUCUCAAGAACCCUCGCUGUUUGCUCAAGCUAAGAGAAGAGGUCGACAGCCUUGCGGUGCAAUCGGACCCUACAAAGUUUCCCACAUUCAAAGAGAGCCAACAGAUGCCGUAUCUACAAGCCGUUAUCAAAGAAGCGCUGAGGUUGCACCCAGCUACUGGUCUACCCUUGGAACGUGUAGUUCCUGAAGGCGGCGCGACGAUAUCAGGGCGGUUCUUCCCCGAAGGCACUAUCGUGGGAAUCAACACAUGGGUAGCACAUCGCAAUACCCAUGUCUUCGGCGAGAAUGCCGAACAAUUCUGCCCCGAGAGGUGGCUGAUUGAUGAUAAUGAUAAACUUUCGAUCAUGAAUCGAUACUAUCUUCCGUUCGGUCUGGGCUCGCGGACAUGUAUUGGCCGCCAUGUAUCCAUGCUGGAGAUGUCGAAGUUGAUACCUCGCCUUGUUCGAGACUGGGACUUCCAACUUGAUACAUCUCUGCACUCCAAGGAGUGGCGAACUCUGAAUUACUGGUUUGUGAAGCCAUUGGAUUUUAAGGUAGGAAUCAAAAGGCGUCAUUUGGCGAAGGGUGUCGACAGUAAGGAGUAG